AAACCACAGACCAAUAACAAAUAGGAUAAGAAAAUUAGAAGAGAGGUGGAAAUGAGUGGAAAUUAGAAAUCAAAUGUUUUCGCAUAGAUUUUAACACCUAUUUCAAAGCAAUGGAAAUAUUAGUAUUAAAAUGUAUAUUACUUUUGUACAUAGUAGUGAAACCAACGAAUCUUCAACUUCUCAUCAAUGUGAAGAACCAGGGCGGCGAUGUUAUGCAGGAGAACAUAACAGCGAACAUCUCUGAAGACACGGUAACUCUGGAGUUCCUACGCCUAGACGGUGUUUACGUCUCACAACUUGUCGACUUUACCAACGAGGUGGAAGCCAUGAAGGUGGUGAUACCUGGAGAGGAAGAGCUGGGGCAGUCCGGCCACCAGGUCCUAUGCUUUCUCACACAUGCUGCACAGGCUGAUUUUAUUGCACCGGAUGCUAUGGCUAAGCUGAGACAGAAAAACCCAGGAACAGUCCGAGUGGCAGAAGAAGACAAGGGCUGGCGACAGACCACAGCCACUGCCUGGGCGGGGCGUGCCACUGGGAUGCUAUCACCGGCAGCAGCCAGGCACUGUGCUUCCGCCAGGGACAGGGUCUACAUACGCUCUGCUGACCUAACUCGGUGGACUCCUAGAGCUGGUGUGGAGCCAUCGUCAUUCUCUUCCGAAGUGAUACCGUUCCCCCCUCAAGCUCUCACCUCAGACACAGCAGAGGGCAGUCCCGCUGUGAGUGUGUGUGUGGCUGAGACAGAUACUUCCAAAGAGUGUAUUUGUCAUUUGGAGGUUUGUGUGAACUGGUAUCCUUGUGGUCUGAAGUACUGUAAGGGUAAACCUCAAGGUGGGCUUAGCUACAGGUGUGGCAUCAAGACCUGCCACCGAUGCUUCCGCUACCACUUCUACGUGAGGCGCCGGGACACCUGCCUCAACUACAUGUGACCCCACGCUCGUCCACCCCACCGCCGCAGCCUCCCUCUGUGCCAAACUGUGCAUCUAGUCACUUUCAUUUUAGCUUUCUUACAUUUUUACUAAACUGAGACUGGACAAUAAUUUAUAUUACUUGUAUUUGUAAAUAUUUUGCUAGAAAUGUGUAUUUUAAAGCUAAGAAUAAACAAUUGUUAAUUUUUUACUGA